CCUCGUUUACUUUACGGUCUUCUCCGGCAGCCGCGCCUCGUUUACCGUCUUCUCCAGCAGCCACCACGACCGAAUCAGGAUACGAUCACUUGUGUCGGUGAUAAAAUGAGUGAAAUUGAAAUCCUCGCACAUGAACUAGUAGUUGAGGUUCUCAAGGAGCAAAUCAAUGAAGUUUCUACUGAGAAGGAACAUAUUGAGAGCAAUCUCAACCGUGUGACUAUGGAUCUGUCCCUCCUCAGUAAAGAGGAGCUU